GUCCACCUUGACACCUUCCACAAUGCAGCACAGAUGGCCGGGUGCACUGAUGCUGAGGAGUGCUUGCUCUUCUUCUCAUCCUUGAGAGGGAGGCCUGUGGAAUGGUUUAACGGCCUUCCCCAUGGCAGGAUUGGGUCCUUUGAGAAACUUGCCGAAGUUUUCCGCAAGAAGUACCAGGACAACUGCAUUAAGAGGAAGAAGUUCACCUACCUUAACACGGAAGCCUAUAAUACGACAUGGGAAUACACCGAGGCGGAGGUCCUGAACAAGAGCAAGCGAGAGUUGGAGGAGGGCUAUACAAAGGCGAAAUAUGACAAGUCGAAGAAGGAUGACCAGACGGGAGGGUCCAAGCCAAAGGCUACAUAUGACGGGUCCAUCCACCAGAUAAGGGAUGAUAAGAAGGGAGAGCAACCCAAGAGACAAUGGACGGAGAAGUGGUGCACAUACCACCAAUCCGAUUCCCACAACACGGCGGACUGCCGAAAUGUCAAGGCCGUGCUCAAGGAGAUGGCCUUGAACGGAGAGCUGGGGGAAGGUUAUGCAGCGGGGAAUAAAGAUCAGAAAGCCAACACCUGGACCCGUCCUCAGGGAAAAGACCAGGGGAGGAAAAAAUCCGGGAAAGAUAACAACAAGCCGGAUAAAGAAUUCAUCGAUAUGAUUGUCGGUGGCCCAGAAGGCGGGGACACAGCCUCCCAGCGGAAGAAUUGGGCCAGGAGCUUGCACGUCCAUGUUGAGACGUUGCAAACUCCAUUGUCAGGCUUCACUAGAGCUAGCAUAGAAGCGGAAGGUCAGAUCACCUUACCAGUUACCUUGGGGUUGGGUAACAAAACAGUAACCAAGCAAAUGAGAUUUGUUGUGGUUGAUAUCAAGUGUGUACAUAAUGCCAUUCUUGGUAGACAUGGAAUCAACCAGGUCAGGGUCAUCAUUUCUAUGGCACACUUGUGCAUGAAAUUCUACACUCCCAAUGGGAUCGGGGAGGAAAGGGGUGAUCAAAAGAAUGCCCGGUCUUGCUACCUGGAAGCAGUCAAGAAAAUGACCCGCCAAUUCGAACAAAUUGAAUUGGUCUCCCAGCAAGUAGACAAGGGAGAGGAGAAGGCUAGAAUCGAGCCGGGUGCAAACACGGAGGAAAUCCAGAUUGAUUCCUCCAAUCCUGAGAGGAAGGUCAAGAUUGGAGCUGAUCUUCAGGAGGAGCUAAGGACUGAGGUUGUCCAGGUGCUGACCAGGUAUAAAUCCUUGUUUGCCUGGAGUGUUGCUGAUAUGCCCGGAAUUGACCGGUCAGUCAUUUGCCAUCGUCUCUCUGUUCUUGAGGGGUCUAGGCCUGUAAGACAGAAGAAGAGAUUUUUGGCAAGUGAUAGGAGAGAUUUUGUAAAGAAGGAGGUUAAGGACCUACUUGAGGUGGAGAAUGCGAACCGCACAAUAGUCGAUGGGAUCAAAAAGCGGUUGGGUGAGGCAGGAACGAAUUGGUUAGAGGAGUUGCCACAUAUCAUUUGGGCUUACCGGGUCACUUCAAGAAGGGCCACAGGGGAGACACCCUUCGUCCUUACAUAUGGGUGUGAGGCCAGACUACCCAUCGAAGCUAAAAUAAUGACCUUUCGGGAGAAGGUCUAUGAAGAGAAAGGGAAUGAGGAGGACCAUUUGGCAGAGUUGAACUUGUUGGAGGAAAGGCGGAUGGUUGCUGAGGCUAAAAUGAUAGAGUACCAGCAAGCAGCCAAGGCCUACCAUGAUAACAAGGUAGGGCCUCGUUAUUUCCAAGUCGGUGAUGAGGUCCUGAGACGAAGGGAGGCUAGCAAACCGGGUGAUGGUGGAAAGCUUGCAAAGAAAUGGGAAGGCCCAUAUAGGGUCGCAGCAAUAUUACGCCCUGGGACAUACAAGUUAGAAACAAUGGAAGGUCGAGAGUUAGAAAGGUGUUGGAAUUCCCACCACCUUAGAAAAUUCUACCGAUAGACCAAAUUGGCAGGGCAUGUAUUUGUAAUACCCCUUCGAUGAUAAAUAAGAGAUUUCUUCAAUACUUGUAUUGCUGGGUCAGUAAUACUAAACUAAUCUCUUGAUG